CACAGCUGCGCCGGCGCCGGUACCAUGAGUGCCGGUCGGGGAGGGGGCAGAAGGGAAAGUCAUCUACUCUUCAUCAGGUCCACUGAAUAUUUUUAUUUCCAUUUAAAUGCUCAAUAAGACUUUCACUGUGGUUCACCUGGGGAUUCUUUCCCUUUUUUAAUGUUCUGAGAUGUUGGCUCACCCCUCCAUAUGCGAAUGGUUCGUUCCCGCAGUUCCGGGACUGAGCUCUCCCCUAGUUUGCUUCUCCCGCGGCUGAGGGAUCCUAGGGAGCCGCGGUGCAUUGUGGGAGAACGAAAGAUGGCGGCGCCCGUAAGGCGGACGCUGUUAGGGGUGGCGGGGGGCUGGCGGCGGUUCGAGAGGCUCUGGGCCGGUAGUCUAAGCUCUCGCAGCCUGGCUCUUGCAGCCGCACCCUCAAGCAACGGAUCCCCAUGGCGCUUGUUGGGCGCGUUGUGCCUGCAGCGGCCACCUGUAGUCUCCAAGCCGUUGACCCCAUUGCAGGAAGAGAUGGCGUCUCUGCUGCAGCAGAUUGAGAUAGAGAGAAGCCUGUAUUCAGACCAUGAGCUUCGUGCUCUGGAUGAAAACCAGCGACUGGCAAAGAAGAAAGCUGACCUUUAUGAUGAAGAAGAUGAACAGGAUAUAUUGCUGGUGCAAGAUUUGGAAGAUAUGUGGGAGCAGAAAUUUCUACAGUUCAGACUUGGAGCUCGCAUAACAGAAGCUGAUGAAAAGAAUGACCGGGCAUCCCUGAACCGGAAGCUAGACAGGAACCUUGUCCUGUUAGUCAGAGAGAAGUUUGGAGACCAGGAUGUUUGGAUACUGCCCCAGGCAGAGUGGCAGCCUGGGGAGACCCUUCGAGGAACAGCUGAACGAACCCUGGCCACACUCUCAGAAAACAACAUGGAAGCCAAGUUCCUAGGAAAUGCACCCUGUGGGCACUACACAUUCAAGUUCCCCCAGGCAAUGCGGACAGAGAGUAACCUCGGGGCCAAGGUGUUCUUCUUCAAAGCACUGCUAUUAACUGGAGACUUUUCCCAGGCUGGGAAUAAGGGCCAUCAUGUGUGGGUCACUAAGGACGAGCUGGGUGACUAUUUGAAACCAAAAUACCUGGCCCAAGUUAGGAGGUUUCUUUUGGACCUCUGAUGGGCCGAGCUGCCUGUGGAUGGUGCUCAGACAAGUCUGGGAUUAGAGCCUCAAGGACGUUGUGUGAUUGCCUCACAUUUGCAGGUAAUAUCAAGCAGCAAACUAAAUUCUGAGAAAUAAACGAGUCUAUUACUGU